UUUGUAAUUUUCUCAACAGAAAAAGAACAGAAGCGGAGCAUGCAGAAGGUAAAAACGGUGCGUUUUAACACUUCAGCUACUGUCUUCUUCCUCAAUCGUUCUAUUGUUAGGGUUUCCAAAGUUGCUGAUCUCCCCCAUUUUCUGCCAUCACUGACAUUCACCCACGCAAUGAGAUUCAAAUAGCGCGUUUUCAACAACCCAAUUUCGAACAAUACCUCCAUUCUCCUAACUUUUUGUUACCCUAACUAUCGAAAUCCGACAGGAACCUGCGACACGUUAGUGUUAUUUACAGUGGUAAUGACUUACAUGGAUGAGGAUGGUUCUUCUGGAUCUGGAGAUGAUGUGAACAUGUUGGAUGGGCACAAGCGUCAUCCUGCUGCUGUGCCAUCUGGUUCAGGUAGCCGUAAGCGAAGCCGAAAGGCUACCGGAGAUGCCAUUGUUGACGCCAUGCUCGAGAUAGCUGCUGCUUCAAAGAUGAGGGCAAGUGUGAUUCUGAAGAACGAGGACAGGUUCACCAUAAGCAGGUGCAUCAAGGUGUUGGAUGAGUUGCAGGGUGUUGAUGAUCGAGUCUACUUCCUCGCCUUGGACUUGUUUGAGAACAAUGCCACUGCCCGUGAGAUCUUCGUCUCUCUCAAAGGUGACAGGAGAUUGCCUUGGUUACAGGGAAAAUGUGGUGUUUCCUCUAGUUGAUCUUAUUUGUGAAUAUGGUUGGAUUUUGUUGAAUGAGGAAUGUUAGGGGCCAACAACUUUUGUAAUUUGUAGCCAUCAAAUAGUCAUCAAUGAUGGUUUUAAUGGUGUGAGAUUGGUGUGAGAUUUCAUCUAAUGACUCACUUUUCUUUACUGGUUACAUGUUGGCCAAAAUUUAACAAAGUUGUUGCCCCCUAAACUUUUCCUUGUUGAAUAAGUCCUAUACUUUUGUACAGCCUAGUAGACUAGUAGAUUCAAAGGGAUUAUGUAUAUAGAGUUUGACUUUGUUGAACCACCAUUAUGUGUUCUUAUAUAAGGUGUAUGUUUAGUUCUUUAUAGAACAUAGAAUUGGAAAAAAUAGAAUUUCUUUCCAGGCGCCUCUAGUUGAUGUGCUACUGCAGCUUUUGUAGUUUUAAGAUGAUCAAAUUCUCAAAUUAAAUUAUACGUUUAAA